UGUGAGCGGUGUAAUUACGAAUAGAUUAGUAGAUUAUUUGUUUUUAAACAAUCCGAGCAAUGGCUAAACGUGAGUUUGUUAGUUCAACCUAAAAUAGUUCCUAUACGAGAUAAUGGCGAAUUUCUGUAUAUGUGUCAGUUUAAUCAUUCUUUUUUCUUUCGAUUGUAAUUGUAUCACUGUAAAACAAGAACGCGCUGUGGUGAAAUAUUACAACAAGGAACAUAUACGUUACGCACAGGCUUUCACGGGCAGAUCCAGCAGGCGAGAGCCUUAUAAAACCAACAUCACAGCAGUUAUUUUACAUCCGUGGAAUAACAAUGUCACUCUGAAAAUGAUUUACAAGAGUAAGCGGAUGACUAACGACUUCAUUAUAUCAGUAAGGGUGUGUGAUGCACUGAAUCUUAAGUGGCUAUCUGAUUUUUUGAGCGUAUACGCAAGAUAUAGACUAAUAUGUCCAUUUCCUGCUGGUGAAUACAAUUUAGAGAACAUUGAACUGCCGCCGAAACAUCUGCCUGUACAAUUGUUCACAAGCGAGGGACAAUUGGAAAUAAAUUUUUCCCUCACGAAAACCAAACAGAUCAUAUUAGUGGUGACCAUACAGAUACAAAUGUUAUAACACAUCACAUAUUAAU